GCAGUUUCUCUUUCUCACGUGCUCUACACUUCCCUCGCUUUCUGGCAUCUUCUUUUAAAUUUUCUUGCUACCCAAACAGUCCCAAUAAACUAGAAUAGAUUCAAGAGUGAGGUUGUUUUUGUAAGAAUGGCGGUAGAGGAUAACAAUGGCAGCAAGAGAGCCCGGGUAGAGUAUGAGGAUUUUGAGUCGGAGGUUAGCUUGGUCCCUGAUUCAAAGUUCGCUCGAGUCGACUCUGGAAAAACGGGCUUGUGCUCACCUGUCGUUACUUACGUGGAGCCGGACCCUGACGACGGGGAUAUUCAGUCGCCGGAGGCAAAGCGCAUCCCGGAAGAAUUGCUCAGUAUCCUGGAAGAUUCGGAUCCGGUCAUUGAACCUGACCCGGAGAUUCAGGGACUGGACUUGGUCAUCAAAAGCUUCGAAGAGGAGAUCAUGGUCCCCACUCCAUAUGCGAUUCCGGUGACGCAAUCGGAUUCCGGUGAGUCCCGGUCUGAUCUAGGGUUUCUUUUACAAGCUUCGGGAGAUGAGCAUGAUUUACCGUUGAAUUUUUCGUGUAUUGUAGAGGAGCUCAAAUUUGGGACCGUUAAUGUGGAAGGAGGUGGAAGGCCGGGAGCUGUUGGAUUUGCGGAAACGAUGGGGUAUGAGUUUCCGUUCCCGAGUUACGAAUCGUUCGAGUUCGGAGUCGGCGGGGACUCGGACAUCAAUAGCAGCGAUAAUAACAAUAAUAGAAAUAGCCAUGGUAAAAGCGGUGAUUUUGUGGCGUUGGGAGGGUUAUUCGAUACAGCGGCGGAUAUUUCGGAGCUGGCGUGGCGGCCUGAAUCUUUUUCCGCUUUGUAGAUAAUAAGCAGAAAAAAAUAUUCAAAGCUUCUAGAG